CAGCACCGCGGGGCUGCAGCGAGUCAGGCGCCGAGCGUACGGAAAAGCUAGCUAUCGCCCCCUGGAGCUUGGUGGGAUAAUGGCACGUAGAAGUGCUAGAGGCAUCCCUGGAGGUACCGUUGGGUACUCUGGACCUAGUGAGGAUUUCUGGGGAGAGCAAUAGAGACGUGAUCUGUGCUAGAGGAGCCGGAGAAAGGAGGCGGGGGGGGAAAUAAUAAGGAGCUCGGUAGAUUGAGUGGCUAGAGAGGUCGGAGGUAAGUGGUUGUAGAAGUCGGGCGUACCCGGAAUCCUGAGGAAUCGGGACCAUGACUUAUGCUUAUCUCUUCAAGUACAUCAUCAUCGGGGACACAGGUGUGGGGAAAUCAUGUCUCCUCCUGCAGUUCACAGACAAGCGGUUCCAGCCUGUCCACGACCUCACAAUAGGUGUGGAGUUUGGAGCUCGUAUGGUCAACAUUGAUGGGAAACAAAUCAAACUGCAAAUCUGGGAUACGGCUGGGCAAGAAUCCUUCCGUUCUAUCACCCGUUCCUACUACAGGGGAGCAGCUGGAGCAUUGCUGGUGUAUGACAUUACAAGACGUGAAACCUUCAACCACCUGACCUCAUGGUUAGAGGAUGCCCGGCAGCACUCUAGUUCCAACAUGGUUAUCAUGCUGAUUGGGAAUAAGAGUGACCUAGAGUCUCGUAGGGAUGUGAAGAGAGAAGAAGGAGAGGCCUUUGCUAGGGAGCAUGGACUUAUAUUCAUGGAAACUUCAGCCAAAACAGCCUGCAAUGUUGAAGAGGCCUUCAUUAACACAGCCAAAGAAAUAUAUAGGAAGAUCCAGCAGGGUUUAUUUGAUGUCCACAAUGAGGCAAAUGGCAUCAAGAUUGGGCCCCAACAGUCAAUUUGUACAUCAGUGGGACCCAGCGCCUCCCAGCGAAACAGUCGUGACGUAGGGUCCAACUCUGGCUGCUGCUGAACAUCUGGCCUGAACUCUUUUUUUUUCCCUUCCUGGAACAGCUUCAGAUCAAUAGGCUUAAUGAAAGAGGUCUUACUUGCUUUGGCUGAGAGCAGCCUCUUCAAGGUGUGAUGUUUUGCCUUUCCAUUUAAAGACCAAGGGAGAAUUUGGGCCCUUGCUGACCUGUCCUUCUUCAGGGACGUGAACAUUCCCUAUAGGUUAGGGCUCUUCUCACCCUGUUAUUUUAAUUUCUAAAAUGUUAGGAUCAUAGUUUAUUGUCAUAGUAGUUAAAAAAUAAAUAAUUUCAUAAGCAUAUACAAUCUGCUUCCCACCAAGAAUUAGGAUCAAGGACAUUCUGCUUGAACACUUGAUAUUACUGUGAUCUGGCUGGCCUUUAAAUGAUAGAUCCUCUGCCAAGGAAUUUCAUUGAGUUUUUUUUCUUGCCUUUGGGCAUCUACUUGCCACUUCAUAAGAAUUUUUGCAAAAGGCUGGCAGUUCCUUCUACUUGCUUAAGGAUGCUGAGUACUAUCUCAUUGCUAGUUUCUAUCUCUUAGAGUAACUACAAAAGUUUUGAGAGCAGUGGAGUUGGUCCUGAACCUAUGGCCACUUAAUUACCUAAAGAAAAAUCUGUUCUGUGUUCAUUUUGUUUUAGGGACCAGAUGUAAUAUUGUAGUCUUUCACCAGAUAGACUUCUACUGUUUCAUCAUACUUCUUAACUAGACCUAGUUAGACUUUGUACUCUAAUCAAGCUAAUCUGCUUACUGAACAUGACAUAUUUAUUCCUACUUCCAUAUCUUUGCACAUGCCCUACUCUUCACUAACAUUAUAUUUAAAAGUCAAAAAAAAUUUUCUUUAGAAAACCUUCAGUGACUGACCUAAGGACUCUAAUUAUUGAUACAGUACCCCUUAGCUUUCAUGUUAUUCAUAUGUAUAUUUAUAUGUAUAUUUAUUUAUAUGUAACUUUGUAAAUAUGUUUUGUAGUUGCUUUAUGUGUGGAAUCUGUCUCCCCAUAUACAUUGUAAGCUCCUUAAGAGCAGGAUCCAUGUCCUCCUUUUAUUUUUAUAAACCAUUCUCCCCACCAUUCCUUCACAGUGCCUAGUGCUACUCAUUACAUGAUCAUUGAAUCUGACUGACAUACUUAAAAACGUAAGAUUUAUUUUAGGCUUUAGAGGAAACAAAAGGCCCUGGAGUCAUCUCUUUGUAAUUCUACCUAGCUCUUCCAUCUACUUGCCCUGGGUACUAUAUUAUUCUUUUCCCUCUCCUUUCCUACCAUUCCCCGGCUCUUUGCCUCCAUUCCAUGCAGCAUAAAGUAAGGCUGCUUGUUAUCCAGCAGCCAAAGAAGUGGGUACUUCUCUAGCCAUUCUUGUUUUCAGAGCAUAUAAUACAUUCCUAGCCAAAUUUGCCUUUGCUUCACUCAUCAUGCAGGCUUCUAGGUCAGUUGCUAUAUCUUUUUUUCUUAAUGUCCCAUUUUCUUCCACAGCACUGAGGUCUCAUGAAUUUUUCUAAUUUUUUUUUGUUGUUGUUUCAUUAUUAAAUAUAUGCAUGUAUCCAA